AUGACUUUUGAAAAGAAGCCCACUCGAAAUGGAAAAAAUCGUUCCUCCAAUCCAGCCACUCCACAGCCUCUGAAAAGUAAACGGGGCAGAAAGAACCAAAAGACAACAAAGAAGCCUGAACCAAAGAGUGAUGAAAACGAAUUUCCCACAGAAUGGAUCGGUCUUUCUCCCAAACUGGUCGAUCCGAAUUUCAGCGAUCCACACGAGAAUCACCAGGACAACAUGAGUUACCUACUAAGACAAGCCAUGGUAGGUUACGAGGAUGCCUCCUACUUUACCCAAAACCAAGUGAAACAAAUCGUGACCCAAGGCGCCUCCAAGGAGACCGUGUGCUCAGAAUUGAAUGACCUUCCUCAUAAUAGCAUUACCUACAAGAUGGACGUGUCAAACGUGAGUGGGAUGCUGGAUUAUGAGAUGACAGCUAUUCUUCGUAGAUUUGGCUGGCAGAGCUACAAGGAGGCGAAACUUAGAUGGGAGGAGCUACGCCCCGACUAUGUGAAGGCUUUCGGGAGACUCUCCUUAGGAAAGGAACAUCCCGAAAAGCGUAAUCGAGAGAUGCUUUCUGAAGACAAUGAACUGGAAUCGAGGCCAAGAAGACUUCAAAAUGACACUAGAGAAGAACUUAAAAAAGCCGCUGCAGAGGCGAUUUCAAGCGUGCUCAUAGGUAAUGCGAGAGUGAUUGGCUCCAAAGUCCACUUUCUGGGAGCGUUGGAAACAAGUUGUAUCAAAACUAUCUAUGCCAGCCUAAGCGGAGAGGGAACCAAUGAUUACCUUCCACCAGAAACUGGUCAAAUUACAGAGAGUAUUAUUCAGCUUGUUCACGAACAACAAUUCGUCGAUCCCCAGGAUGAGUCCAGACAUUUCCUGUUGCGCAAGAGCCCCAAGUCUGAAAAUUUCUUAUGGGUGGUUGUUCUCCAUAGAAGACCAUUCCCUCCCAAGAUGUCGUUUAAAGAUCUCCAUUUGCAACCGGUGGAUAGUAUUACUCUGUGGGAAGAGUUGCCUCACCAAGAUGAUAAAACGGAGUUCUGUUAUUCCAAUGUCCAGAUCAACCUUGUUCUGGGAAAGAUUCCUCCUAAAAGAGGAACAGUGGAGGUGUACCUCACCAAUCUAAAAUAUAACAAAGAAGAUUACAGAGAUUACCGUAUCCUGAUAGAGGAGUUUGAAGAAUUCGUCAGUGCCUCACUGGUUAUACCCCGAGAGGGAUUAUUUGAAUUUGCUAUUGCACACGCUGCUGCGCAUGAAAAGUGGUACGAGAAAUGCAUCAAGAAAUACUCAUCUUAUGCGCCUAAAAGCAUUGUUCCCGAUGAAGCAGAGAUGAGUUGCUCGAUCAAGUUCUGUGCCAAAUACUGCAGCAUAUGUUACACCACCGAUCACUCACUCGUGGAAUGUAAGUUGAGGGGCUGCAGUAAUUGCGGUGACAAGAAAGGCAAAGAGAGGGAAGAGUCAGUGCCUGACGAUUUGAAAGGCUACACGAGGUAA